CAUUCUUGUCGUAACCCAGUGGUGACCAACCUUUUUUUGUGCUAUGACAUACCUUGAUGGUAAGCCAUGACUCAAAUUAUUGGACUCAUGGGAUUUCAUGGGCGUAAUCAGCUGAAAAUAGAAACAAUUGAACCCCUCAAUGAUACAAUAUUCUCCCGCAAAGAUGUCUUUGCUAGACCUUGAUCUACUUGAUGGUCCCCUACAGCCUUACCGCUUCAGCUCAUCAUUCGAUUGGAGGAAAAUGAAGCUUGUUGUCGACACUGCAGAAGCUUGGGAUGUAAAAUUCAGAGUUUGGAACUUCAUGGAAGGACAUCCAUUAUUUAAAAGAUACCACGAGACACUCCCAAUUGAUGAGCAACGACGAUUGUCAUCAAAGCAGGUGUUUACACUUUACAAUGAGAAGCUUUAUGGCAUGCAAGAAUAUUUUGAAAAACCUGAAUUGAGCACUAAAUACAGCACAGCAAUUGGAUCUUUUGAACCGAGUAUAUCUGUGAAAUAUGGAAUUGGAUUUGGAAUGUUUCCGAGUGUCUUCAGAAGCAAUGGAACUGAAAGAGUUGAAGACUUGAUAAUUGAUAAUACAGAGAUGAAGAACUUUGGAUGUUUUGCGUUAACUGAAAUUGGACAUGGCAGCAACACUCAAUCCAUGAAGACUACAGCAACUAAUGAGCCAUCAUCAAAGUAUUUCGUCCUGAACGCACAAAAACUUGAAGCUGUAAAGUGCUGGCAGGAAUUAAAACUUAAUAUAAAGUUUACCACUUUAUUUAUUUUUUGA